ACAAAUUAUAAUACUAUAUUGUAAUAUUAUGUCCCUAUUGAUUAUCUUCCAAGAUUAUUAAUAUGUCUAGAUAGAGCGUCAAGUGCGCGCAAACGUGUCAAAAAGUGUCGGCCAAUGGUUGGCCACCAGGUGAUUACCCGCCGAUCAGUACAUAUCGUGUCGCUUUAUUGUCACUACGCAUUACGCGCGCUAAGAAAAAAAACUAAUAACAGCGAUAAAAUGACGGUAUGUGCUAUAAAAGUGUGCCGGAAUUAUAAAGGAAGGGCAAAAAAUACCAAACAAAUCACCUAUCAUCAAAUACCAAGUAAUCCUAUUAUUAGGAAUCAAUGGAUAGACCGUAUUAGAAAAAGCCGCGGAGAAGCCACAUGGAAACCAACAAAAACUACCGUAGUAUGUUCCGAUCACUUCCGCAGCAAGGACAUACAUAGUGUCGACAAAACAGGGCGCCGAAGACUUACAAAGGAAGCAGUGCCAAGAAAGGCAUUAUUUUUAUCAUCAGUACAGUCCAGCGAAAGUGAGGAUUCUGAUGGUAUUGAGUUAGCAGAGAAAUCUAAUUCUAAUGAGGCUGGACCUUCCGGUACACAAUCUACUGAUAAUGAUUUAAAUAUCAAUGAUACCGACCAAGUACCUAACAAUGGUCAAUCCGAUGCAACAAUCAAUGACGAAAUAGUAGAAUUGCAAAAUAAAACUGAAUUAGAUGAAGAGAAUUCAUUUUCAGAUCUUGAUUAUAUUUUCGAUACUCCAAAGGAAGCUAAGUUAAGACGUGACUUAAGGCGGAAAAUAGAGCUGGAAAGAAAGCAUUGCUUAAAAAUUAAAUCUCUUAGGCAAAAAAACUUACGGCUAAAAAAGAAGAUUGCAUCAUUAAAACAAAUGAUGGAAACACUAAAAAAAGAGCGAUAUUGACAACGAUGUAUAGAAUAGCUUAAGAACUAAUGUAUUUGCUGUAGACUUGUACAUGAAUAUGAAAAAAAAAAAUUGAAAGGAAGUGCCAAGAGACCUGUUACAAAAUAUGCUCCAGAAUUCAGGAAGUUUUGUUUGACCUUACAUUUUUAUUCACCAAAAACGUAUAAUUAUGUUAGAACAAAGUUCGAAAGUUGCCUUCCUCAUCCAAACACAAUAUCAAAAUGGUAUUCAAGUGUUAAUGGUUCACCUGGUUUGACAGAGGACGCAUUUAAGAUAUUGAAGGCUAAAAGAGCUCAAUCGGAUAAAAUAUGUUUUUUUUUUCAAAACGUUU